AUGGAGGAAAUCGAGGUGCACGGCAAGAGCACCGUCCGGAAUCGGACGCGCCAGAGCGAGCUCUCACACGACAUGGACCGCACCGAUCUCGCGAACAUCGGAAAGAAGCAAGUGCUAAAGCGUCGCUUUGGCUUCAUGUCCAUGAUUGGUUUCUCUUGCACGCUCAUGGGCACAUGGGCCGGUCUGCUCACGUACUUCGCUGGGCCGUUGACAAAUGGUGGCUCUGCGGGUUCGGUGUAUGGAUUCAUAUUCGCAUGGUUUGGCGUCCUGACGGUUAUGCUGAGCUUGUCGGAACUGGCUAGUAUGGCACCUACGGCCGGCGGACAGUACCACUACGUAGCCAUGUUAGCACCAUCAAGCGUCCAGAAGCUUCUGUCCUACAUCGCGGGCUGGGCCACCGUCUGCGCAUGGCAAGCUACCGUCAGCGCCGUCUGCCUACCUUUGGCGACCAUUGUUCAAGGCCUCAUUAUCAUGAACAACCCCAACUAUCCGGCUGAGCGAUGGCACGCGACGCUGAUGACAUAUGCCUUCAUGGCCCUCGCGCUCUUUGUCAACACCUACCUUAACAAGCACUUCGCCAAGCUGGAGGGCAUCAUCCUCAUUCUCUACAUUAUCGGGUUCUUCGGCGUCGUCAUUGCGCUCUCAGCAUUGGCUACCCACGUCACAACCGAACAGGUCUUCAACUCUUGGAACAACGGCGGCGGGUGGUCGAGCAUGGGUCUCGCGUGGUUCGUCAGUCUGAGUUCCUUUGCGGGAGCUUUUGCCGGUGCAGACGGAGCCACGCACAUGGCUGAAGAAAUCCACAAUGCCUCAAUCAUUGUUCCGCGAUCCAUGGUCACAUCCGUUCUUAUCAAUGGCGUCUUCGGAUUCGCUGCUCUCAUGGCCCUCCUCUUCAGCUUGUCGGAUGUCGAAAAUGCGCUGAUGAGUCCCACCGGAUAUCCCUUCAUGUACAUUUUCGAAGCAGCCGCCGGGGUCAAGGGAGGAACGGUAAUGGCAUGCACCAUCGUUUGUCUCGGUACCUUCGGUUCAUGGGCGCUUCUCGCGACUGCUUCGCGCCAGAUCUGGGCGUUUUCGCGCGAUAACGGCCUUCCGGGGUCGAGCUUUCUCUCAAGGGUCGAGCCCAACACCGCUCUCCCGCUGUACGCAAUUGCUGUCACUAUAGCGAUCAACCUCCUAGUCCCCCUGAUCUAUAUCGGCUCGCCCACCGGAUUCAACGCAGUUAUUUCACUGCUCGUCAGCAGCUUCUACCUAUCAUUCUUGCUCCCAUGCUACCUGCUUCUCUGGCGCCGUGUAACCGGCUCCAUCAAGCUGCCGACUCCUGCCGACUCCGGAUUCAAGAACACUCCGGGCUCAAGGAAGCUCAUCUGGGGACCGUGGAGGAUGCCUACUAUCAUCGGUAUCAUCGUAAACUGCAUCGCCUGCGCGUUUGCGACAAUUAUCUUCGCGUUCUCAUGCUUCCCAGCAGUCACACCGGUGGACAAAAUGACGAUGAACUACUCCUCCGUGGUUACCGGCGGCGUCAUGAUUUUCUCAAUCGUCUAUUACAUUUUCCGCGGGCGUAACAUGUACCAAGGGCCGACGAUCGAGAUCGAUGAUUAG